GAACCUCUUUUUAUUUCUGGCAAUCGUUUUCUCUUUCUACCGACGAUUGAUUUCUUAUGAAACCCGCCUACCUAUAUGUUUGCCAGUGAAUUUCUCCCUGGAAUCUGACCUACGCACGACGCUGAUUUCCAACUAUCCCCCUCUAUUUACAGGAGAGAUCUUCUCUACGGUACAAGAUACACCACCGCUGAUUUUGAUGGGGAAGAAAAGGAAGUCUGUCGCCACCAGCCUUGACGAAGUUGAUCGAACCAUGUAUUCCUCCUUUAGCAGCGCCGCCAACUCCUUAUCCCAGCUUUACACCCAGGCCAUGCACCAACAAAAACUCACGUUUCAGGCCGGUGAACGCCAUGGAUUGGAAAAACUAUAUCAAUGGAUUCUGAGGCAACAUGAAGGGGGGUCAAGACUAAACACCAAUGAUAUACUCAGCUAUCUUCAGAGUGAACUAGACUGUCAUGGAGAGGAACCAUCUAGAAGUCCACUUCAGAAUCCACCAAAUUCACAACUAACAACGAACAACACUACAGGCCAAGGUGUGACCCUAGUUUCUUCAGGCUCAUCGGAUUCUGGACAAGGUUUUCCUUCCAAGCAGAAUGAUCAACAACCGAAGAACCAUGUUUUCUCCAAUGCUCUAUCGAGUCCAGUUCGGAGAAGCCUUCAUAUAGCUCAGGGAGGUUUUUAUCCACCAAACGGGUCUCAACCCUCAUCAAGGAACAAUGAAAACAAUAUUACCAACAAUAAUCAGAACAGAGAUUCAAAUUCUUACAAUUCUGUUGAUUUGUCAAUGGAUAUGCAUGAUAGUCCUGAUCACGAGUCAACCUACUGAAACCUUUUGGAAAAAGAUCUCUAUCGUCUUUUUAACCCUUUGCUGGUUGUUGGCAGGCAUUUUUUUUUCUUCUUCUUAUUGUUAUAAAAUUUAGAAUGGAUGGGUAAUGAACUAUGUAAAAGGUGUUUGUGGCUUGAUGAAAUUUGUGUUAAGUUUUUUAUUGGUCUGA